CGGACAUCAGCACAAGUGCACGUGUCGGAAGGUGCCGUUCACAUUGCACGUGAUAGGGCUUCUGCUAGGACGGGUUGAACCAUCGGUAUGUGCCGCGUACUGUGGAACGAAGCCCACCCGAACCAAAGAUUGAAGACGAGGAACCACAGGAAGCCGUUUUCUCGUCGUGCAAAAUCGCCGAUAGUCACGUCGAAAUUCCAUCGCCAUUCGUACCGGAAUCAUGCCUCAGCGGUCAAGCAAGGCUCGACGGUAUGCCAGAGUGACGAGGAAUGCAACAGUAGAGCUUACGGUGAAGUUUGCCUAAAGCCAAGUGAUCAGCCUCGAGGCUUUUGCGGAUGUCCACCGUGGAGACCAGUGCGAGCAGUAUCAAGGUCGGAUGUCUUCUGUUUCCCAGGAAGGCAAAUCUUUCAAAGCUGUGUUCUGACCGCGCAAUGCCAGGAAAGCAACCCCUAUCUGACCUGCUCAGUCGGCGUCUGCGCAUGUCUUCCACCGAGGGUGCUCAAGUUGAGAACCAAAUGUGUAGCAAGAGUGAAUGUCGGCAAUACCUGCGAGGAAUCUGAUGAGUGCGUUCAAGAGUUCGCAACAUGCACCGAUCGCAUUUGUAGCUGCAUGCAAGGUUAUAAGGAAGUCGACAAGAGGACCUGCAUCAAAAUAGGGUUGUCCAGUUGGAAAAGAGCCUUAAUGUUCGCUGUACCUGCUGGACUUUCUCUCAUGCUGCUGUUGUUGCUUCUGUGGCUCUUCCGUUCUUCCAGAUGGCGAAGCGAGAAGGUCGGCGUGGAGAGGAUCUCACUGCUCUAUGUCCCUACUUCGGCCGCCACUGAACGACAGGACGCUGCCCAAGAGUCGGGACAGACGUGCAUGGAAACUGCUGUCGAGCUCCUGCCCAGUGUCUCGCGUACGGACCUAUCGCACGUAUAUAAUAGCAGCUACAUUGGGAAGAUAGACACUCAGGCGACUACUAGCAGCGUGAAUGCUCGUGAAGAACAAGAGUCCUUCCAGAGACCAACCUUGAGCAACGAACAACUGUACGACCGGUAUCCUCAUCUACGCAAGGUCUCCUUCGAGCAAAGGCUCUUCAACAGGGCCAACAUUUACGGCAGACCCCCUCGGAAAAUUUCCUUCCUCGACGACGUACCACCCGAGGAACAAUCUUCUGUGAUUCAUCAACUGGGAAGGUUGCUCGAUAUGCCUGUGCGAUGUCGAAUCCUCGUGGAAAAGCGAACUCGAACUCCAACACCAACAUCACGGUCCAAGAACACUAGGGGACCCAGUUACAUCAUUGACCUCUGAACUACGACCAAAUAAACACCCAUUUACCGAUGCCCAA